UUAACCUCUUCACGCCGGCCGAACGCAAACGUGCGGCCUCCCGACGUCUGGGCCUAGACACCGAGCAGCCGCAACAUUUGCGUUCUAUUGAAAAAGGACAUAUGUGCCAAGAGUGCACGCCCUAGCUUGCUCCAGCACACAUGUCCGGUACUCACGGAAAGGUCCCGGUCUCCUCUUUCGAUCGGGAACUUUCCCGAUCAUCUGUGGACCGCCGGGGUCACAUGUCCCUAAAACACCGCCCGUCCCGUCUUCUGAAACUCUUAAAGGGCCGGGAGUGGCGCCAGCGUUGAAGGGGUUAA